AUGACUAUCCCAAAAGAAGUUUCACCAUCAGACGAAAUCAAAGGCGCUCCAGCUGUUCCAUACUACACACCAAACCAACCAGUUAGGGCCGGUACUUUUUACAAAGAUGAGACAAACCAAGACCAGGAACCACCUGCUCUUUUCAAACCAUUGAAAGUCGGACCACUCACAUUGCAAAAUAGAAUUGGUGUUUCACCAAUGUGCCAAUACUCUGCCAAUGAAAAAUUGGAGGCAACUCCUUACCAUUUAAUCCAUUAUGGCGCGUUAGUGACUAGAGGUCCAGGUAUAACUUUUGUCGAAAGUACUUCGGUUAGUCCAGAAGGUGGAUUAAGUCCUCAUGAUUUGGGAAUCUGGACCAAAGAACAAGCUGAAAGUUUGAAGCCAGUUGUUGAGUAUGCUCAUUCACAACAUCAAUUGAUUGCUAUCCAAUUGGGACACGGGGGUAGAAAAGCAACUGGUCAACCGCCUUUUUUGCACUUGGAACAAGUUGCCGAUGAGUCAGUUGGUGGAUGGCCCGAUAAGACUGUGGCUCCAUCGGCUGUCGCGUUUAGACCACAUGGUAAUUAUCCUGUGCCUCACGAAUUGAGCAUAAAGGAUAUCAAGAGAAUAAUCAAGGAGUUUGGUGAUGCUGCAAAGAGAGCUGUGGAAAUUAGUGGAUUUGAUGCUAUUGAAGUCCAUAGUGCUCAUGGAUAUCUCUCCAAUGAGUUUUACAGUCCUAUCUCGAACAAGAGAACUGAUGAAUAUGGUGGUAGUUACGAGAACAGAGUGAGAUUUUUGUUGGAAGUGAUUGACGAGAUCAAAAAGAAUAUUGAUAUCAACAAAACCCCCAUUUUUGUUAGAAUCUCUGCUGUUGAAAACAGUCCUGACCCAGAUGCUUGGUCAAUUGAAGAUUCCAAGAAAUUGGCUGACUUGUUGAUUGAAAAGGGCGUCAGCUUGCUCGAUGUUUCUUCCGGUGGAAAUGACUAUAGACAACCAGCAAGAGCAAACAUUGAUUCCAAGCAAAAGGAACCAAUUCAUGUACCAUUUGCCCGUGCAUUGAAGCAACAUGUUGGUGACAAAUUGGUUGUUAGCUGUGUCGGUGGGUUGGACAAGGAUCCUCAGCAAUUGAACCGUUUUGUUGAAGAAGGUGCAUUUGAUGUCGCAUUGAUUGCUAGAGGGUUCUUGAGAAACCCUGGUUUGGUUUGGAGUAUAGCCGAUACAUUAGGAGUCAGAUUACACCAAGCAUUGCAAUUGGCUUGGGGAUUCUGGCCAAACAAGCAACAAAUUGUCGACUUGAUUGUUAGAACUGAAAAGCUAAGCGCAAAGGCUUAA